AUGGCUGCCAACGACUUGCGGGGAUGGGUGAUGAGCGCCGUCUCCGGCGUGGCCUGUGUCCUCGGGUCGGCCGUCAUUUGCGCGGACAUUGUCUUGCGCCGGGUCACCCAUGACAGGAGGUUCCAGAUCGCCAACAGUAAUAACUUCCUGUCGGCGUCUCUGUGUCUGAGUGCUGGUGUUAUGCUUUUUACUUCUCUGUACAGCAUGCUGCCAAACUCUAAAGACUACUUGACCCGCGCCGGGUUUUCUCCUUCCGUCUCGGCCUAUAUCUUGACAGCUUUGUUCAUCGCCGGUGUGGUUGUCAUUCGCGUCGCAUCCGGCUUUCUCCAUCGCUUCAUCCCAUCGCACGUCGUGGACUGCGCCCAUACUCAUGAUGGUCCGGGCGAAGAUCCCGAGCGUGGCGAGCAGAUGCAGGAUUGCAAUGAUCGCCUAGAGAACCGACAUACCAAUGGUAGCACGGAGCGAACGCCUCUCUUGCGACCCUCGGGCCAGCAGUCGUCGAAGUCUACGUCUCAAGUGACCCAGGGGACAGACUACUCAUCGAGUCCAAGGCGGCGGGAAUCUCUACGAGCGGCCAUCUCCCGGCGCAUCAGCUCUCUCAUGGGCGGUGUUAAACCUCUCUGCGAUGAGAAUGGUCCUUGCUACGGCUUCUCUCAGACCUGCGGACGUGAAUGCACCAAAGUCCUUGCCCCGACUAUAUCCCCGCCACCGACCAUGAGUGCGGAUGAAAUCAUUCGGCCCGAGCUAGCGCCACAGCCUCAAAGUAUUGAGGUGCAGCUGGACUCGGAUCGACGUGAACAGGAACCGAGUAUAGACUCUGUCGAGACGGCUACAGAUACGGGUUACUUUGAGACGAUCUCGGAAGAUGUCAAUCAUUCGAUCUCGACUUCUUCCUCUUCUUCACGUACACAGAACGUCUCUUCUGAACAUACGAAUCAUUCUAGUAUUAUUCACCAUGAAAAUCACCAUCAUGACCAUGAAUCUCAUCAUCACAAACAUCAUCACAAUGGAGGCCCACCCGCCCCAUCGAGAUCAGGUUCGGAUCCUACUCACCACCACCAUGUACCACAAAACGCCUUCCUCUCAAUUGGCCUGCAAACUUCCCUCGCGAUCGCUCUACACAAACUCCCAGAAGGCUUCAUCACCUACGCUACGAACCACGCCAGUCCGACUCUCGGUCUGACGGUCUUCCUAGCCCUCUUCAUCCACAACAUCGUCGAGGGCUUCGCUAUGGCACUACCGUUGUACCUUGCCCUAAACUCCCGCUGGAAGGCCAUGUUCUGGUCCAGCCUCCUAGGCGGAAUCAGUCAACCUGCCGGCGCCGGCAUCGCAGCACUCUGGAUCUGGGGCUCCGGGCACACGGGCCACGACUCUACGGGUCCAUCGUGGGGUGUAUACGGUGGCAUGUUCGCCAUGACUGCCGGCGUGAUGACAUCCGUUGCGCUGCAGCUUUUCAGCGAGGGUUUGGGUCUGACACAUCACCGUAACAUGGGCAUUGGAUUCGCCGUUGCGGGUAUGGGCUUGAUGGGAUUCAGUUUUGCCUUGACGGCGUAA